UGCCUCACUUCCUGGGAGGUGAGAGGGCCCGGCUGAGCCCUGCCUUCUGCUCCAGCUCCAGCCAGACCUGCCCACCAUGGCCCUGGUACUGGUCCUCCAGCUGUUGGCCCUCUCGUGGCCUCUGUGCCACACAGGCGUCACUUCGAAUGGCACCCAGGAAGCCCAAGGACUCAGGCCGCCCAUGUAUUCAAACCCCCGCACCUCGUUCCCCAAGGACAGGCCCAGGCCCAGGCGGGGCCUAGCUUCCGUCUCCCUAGACUCAUUCCCCGGGAGCCCACCACCUAGGCCCAGCUGGCCCACCAGGCCCUUGCCCCCAUUCCUCCCACGCUCUUACCCGGAGAUCAGGCGCCCCAGGCCCUUUCCUGCAGGCUUCCCACUCCCAAACUCCAAGCCCAGGCAGCCCACUUAUUCAGGCCCCCCAACCUCACCCCCCAAGCCGUCACUGGCGGCUCAGCCGGCCGCAGUUGUGAACCCCGGCACCAACGUGACUUUGACCUGCCGGGCGCCCCAGCCCGCCUUGAGGUUUGUGCUCUCCAAGGCGGGAGAGGUCUCCCCGGUGCAGCUCCACUACCCGGACCCCGACAAGUCCCUGGCGCUGGCCCGGUUCUUCCUGGAGGCGGUGACCGAGGCCCAGGGGGGCAGCUAUCGCUGCCAGUACCACAACCACCUGGGGGGGUCCCACCCCAGCGACGCCUUGGAACUGAUGGUGACAGACCUGCUGCCGCGCCCGUCGCUGGAGGCGCUGCCCGGACCCCGGGCGCCCGGCGCCCCCGUGAGCCUGCGCUGCACCGGCCGCGCGCGCAACAUGAGCUUCGCGCUGUACCGCGCGGACGAGCCGACGCCGGUCCAGUUCCGCGAGUCGGAGCAGCCGUGGGCCGACUUCCCGCUGCCCCGCGCGCAGGCCGCGGGCACCUACACCUGCUACUACCACACGCGCACCGCGCCCUACGUGCUGUCCCCGCGCAGCGACACGCUGGUGGUCAGCCUGGAGGGCUCUGGCUCCGUGGACUACACCAAGGGCAACGUGGUGCGCCUGGCGCUGGCCGGCCUGGUGCUCAUCUCGCUGGCCGCGCUGGUGGGCUGGGAGUGGCGCAGCUGGCGGCGAGCGUCCGACCGGGGCCCGGGAGGCCUGGAGCUGCACCCUGCGGCGUGAGAAGACUUCGCAGAGGGGCAGAGAGGCAGCAGGGCAGCCCGGCCUCCCGUCUGAGCCCAGCUGAGCCCCGCUUCCUCCCAUCACAGUAAUAACCACCUCUGUCCCGCGCACGCCUCUUCCAAUGGGUCAUUCCUCCAGGCCCCAGCGGUUCUCAACCUGUGGGUCGCGACCCCCGAAAAUACAUCCUGCCUAUCAGAUAUUUACAUGACGAUUCAUAACAGUAGCAAAAUUACAGUGAUGAAGUAGCCACGGAAAUAAUUUUAUGGUUGGGGGUCACCACGACAUGAGGAACUGCAUUAAAGGGCGGCGGCCUUAGGAAGGUUGAGAACCACUGCGCCAGGGCCUCCCAGAUCUGGGAGAGCGCGAUCCUCGCCAGAAGGCCUGGGUUCCAAUCCCAGCGCUGCUGCUCACUCACCGUGUGCCCGGGGGAAAGGGACCUUCUAUGCCUCGCCUGCCGUGGCUGUGAAAUGGGCGCUUUGUUGCUACUCACCGCUUAGGACCUGGGCAGGGUUAAGUGGACAUGGCGCCGGAAGCAUUUUAAACGGCGACUGGCCCGUAGUAAACGCCCAGUAGGUGUUAGCUCCUGUGUAACAGGUUUCUAGCAAAGUCUGGUGGUUUUGCACUGGCCCGUGUAGCUCAGUUGGUUGAGCAACAAGAGGUCACCGCUGGAUUCCACAUGCCCCGGUUUCGGGGUGUGAUCCUCAGUAGGGGGCGUGCAGGAGGCUUCGGAUCAAUGAUUCUCUCUCAUCAGUUUCUCUCUCCUCCACUCUUCCUCUCUCUAAAAAAAAAAAAAAUUUAAAAGAACAUUUUAAAUAAAAAGUCUCAGGAUCUGAAGGAAGUUCGAGUCUUUGUCCCAAUGCUCCAGCUCACCUCUUCAGGAACUCAGUGAUGUCAUUCCCGUCGUGGCGUCACAUCUGGUUCCCAAGCAAACUCCUUAAGUGGCUCCUCACACCUUCCCUGAAGGUGAACACAGAUGGACCUAGUAGCCCUGGCCGGAUGCUCAGCGGUUAGAGCAUCGGGCUGCGGAGCAAAGGGUCGAGGGGUCAUUCUCGGUCAAGGGUACAUACCUCAGUUGCAGGUCUGAUCCCCGGCCCUGCUGCAGUGCCUGCGGGAGGCAACCAAUCAAUCUCUCUCUCACGUCGAUGUUUCCCUCUCCCCCCUCCUCCUUGCCUUCUACACUCUCAAAAAAAAUAAAA